GUCAUUCAAACCAAACCGCGUCAACUGCGGCUUCUGUUCAUUUUGAUAUAUAAUACACCCAUCAAUCCCACUCAGCGUCGGGCAGUGCUUUCAUAGUUUCCUCAAUUUUGCUGAAGCCAUUCGGAUACCCACUUCACGAUUUGGAAACCCCCGUGAACCUUCCUUUCUCCUCUCUCAAUCUCUUCAUAUAACCUCAUCCCAUUCCUAUUUCUUCCGUUCUCCCUCCACCUUUGCUCACAUAUCUCUUCUCAGGAUUCAUCACGCAGACCUCUGAUUCUCAUGAUGGGCAGCGGGGACCCCAAUUUCAGUGAAGAAGAUGCCAAGAGCUACGCUCUCACCGGCAGGAUUAUGCUUGGCGCCAUCGUGAUUUUAUUCUUCAUCGUCAUCCUAAUGGUUUGCCUGCACCUAUAUGUUCGCUGGUUUCACGUACAAGCUCGCCGCCGUCAUCCCCUCCGCCGCCGCCGGCGCUCUCAAAUCGUAUUCUUUGUGGACUCCGCUGCUACUCCUGUCGUGGCCUCUUCGCGCGGUCUUGAUUCGUCUCUACUCACAUCUCUUCCCGUCUUUAUCUACUCUUCUAAGACCCACACCGAGCAGGUUGAAUGCCCGGUUUGCUUGUCCGAAUUCGAAGAGGGCGAAUCAGGCCGAGUCUUACCCAAAUGCAAUCACAGUUUCCACGUUGAUUGCGUCGACAUGUGGUUCAAGACGCACUCCACUUGCCCAGUUUGCAGGGCUGCUGUUGAACCCACGCCGACGGAUGCCAACGGGCCUGAAGUGGUGAUCACUGUGAGCGAACAGGAAGUUUCUGAAGCAGGGUCGACCUCUGGACUGUGCUCGGAGUGUCAGCCCGAGGGAAGGGAUGAAGCCCGGAGCGGGCACACGGUUUGUUCUUCGUCGUCUUGGAUUGGGUUAGAGGGUAAGCCAUCGUCACUAGUGGGUGUGACCUUGGAGGUGCCCAAGAGGAGCGAGAGCUUUGGAGACGAGUCGGCUUACGAUUCGCCGUCGAGUCAGUCAUCGUUCAGGUCGCCAAUGAGUCGCAUGCGGUCGUUCAAGAGGAUGCUUAGUAGAGACUGGAAAGCAAGCCUUUCGCCAUCGGCAGGGACUAGUACUGCGAAGGGCAGCGGCUUUGGGAAUGAGUUUGAGAAGAAUGGAGGAGGAGGACGAGAGGAGACGCAAUGAGGUCGAGAUGCGGACGAGGAGGAGCCGACUGAGGUGGCCUUGACAUGGCGAUUUUGGCUACGAAAGUCAAAGAUCAUGUUCAAAACAAACACUGCGGGCGUCCCUCUUUGACUGUUGACUCUCCAGCUCAUGGACGGGGUAGGCGGCGAGAGACGUGUCCAGUCCGCAGCAUACUGAAAUUGGAACUGGAGUGUUGUUCAUUUUUUCGAUUGUCGAGAAUGACACUGACGAUAGUAUUGCAUUUCAUUCUUUUUUCCCUCUCCGUAAGAUAAUUAGUUUCCUAUACGUAAAUGAUUAUGAAUUUUGUGCAUACAUCGGUUCUGUUAAUAUUUUGCCCACAAUCUAUUCACAAAUGACACGUUUGCCGCUCAGCCCUUGUCAAUCCCUUUCUUCUUAGUAA